GUUGCGUGACUUUUGCCAUUCAUCGCCGGCGCUACUUUUUGACAGGAGUGCUUGCGAUCAUGCAUUCUAUCUCUCACGCGAACAAGCAUCGUAUCAAGCACAAGAUCCAGAUUCGGAUGCUAGCAAUCUUCCAUCUUGCCCUCUGGCCACAGAUCGAUCCGUAAGGCGGCAGCACUCACCAGCAGAUGCUGGGAUCGACAAAGGCGAUAGACCAGAGCUCAUGUACCACGGAUAUCAACCAUGUCACAGCAACGCUCUUAUAAACGCACACUAAGCCAUUCGAAUGGAAGCCGCUCAAGACUUCGUCAUGACCCAGUCGCCCCCUUCCGAAGUCGACAAGAACAACACCAACACCAACAAAACUGGCAAGACACAGUCUGCACCACCGUCCCCAUCCUCGCCUUCAUCAGCUAAUACCCAGCAACCACAAGACCCAACCAACACCGAUAUCAACAACUCAGCAAGUCUGGCGGAGCGGGCCAUUAUUGAGAUGUCUGCCGCGGACGACAACUCAGCCAGUUCCCCUCAAGCCUCAGAAGUGCAACGGACCGCAGCAGUAGCCACGUCCGGCCCCGGUAGGGCGCAGCAAGCCGCAAACGCAACGAACACGAGUUUGUCAUCAGGUGACGGAGUGCACGAGGGGAUCGAGCACGGGGUGGAGGAUCGGGUUUGGGAGGCGAUGAAGUACAUGGGCGGGCCGUGGUCGUGAGAGGAUGUCGUCGUGCACUGAGGGCGAGCGCGAGUGCUGAAGGCUGCAGUUCAGUGGGCUCAGGGAUCGGUCAGU